AUGUCGGAGUCUGACGAGGAGUACACCUCUGAAGGAUCUGAGAGCGAGUCGAGCAUCGUGAAUAUUCACCGCAAACAGGUGCUCUACACUUUCUCAUCUCGGAAAACAACAGCUACCAUUCAAGCGGAGAUCGAUGAGGAGCCCGAGACAGAGACGAGGCUGGGGCUCUUCGACCUCCUGUGCAUCGGCAUCGGUAGCACUGUCGGCUCGGGGGUUUUUGUCUUGAGCGGAUCGGUGCUUCCAGUCGCAGGUCCAUCAGCCUGCAUUAGCUGGAUCUUGGCCGGCCUGGCAUGUGCUCUCUCCGGCCUGGCCUACAUGGAGCUGUCGGCGCGGCUACCAACACGCGGAAGCUGUUACACGUUUUCCUUCCACGGCCUCGGCGAGGUUUUCGCUGUCAUAGGCGCCUUCUGCAUCACGAUGGAGUAUGGGAUCUCUGGAGCCGGCGUAGCCCGGAAUUGGUCACAGAAGAUGGCCCAUGUGAUAGGUCCUGGCUACCGCAAGGCAUUUUACAUCUUCUGGGGCGAGGGCACCUGGCCUGAGGGGACCACCGACCGGAGCAACUUGCACCGGACUGAUGAUCAUUACAUUGACAUAGCUGCUGGAUUGAUGACUGCGGGCUGUACGCUGCUGCUCAUGGGUGGGCUCUCCUUGAGCAAGCCGGUGAUCAAUGUGAUGACCAUUCUGAAGAUAUUGCUUGUGGCCUACAUGGUGACAAUGGGCUUCGUGUCUCCUGAGAUAGACAUCGUGGAAUCCAGCGAUGCCUUCAUGCCUGAGGGAUUGUCCGGAAUCAUCAAAGCAACCACCCUCCUCUUCUUCGGCUUCAUUGGAUUCGAUGAGGUCUGCUGCCUGGCAUCGCAAGCCCGCAACCCAGCCCGGACCAUGCCACUGGCUCUCAUCGGGACGCUUGCUGGUGCAGCCGUCAUAUCAUUUACGGCCCAGCUCGCCCUGUGUCUGAACGCUGCACCCGGUGCGGCCACAGACUUCCCGCAAGUCUUCGAGAACAAAGACUUCGUUGUGGCGGCGUGGAUUUCUCGCAUCGGGGAGUUGGUUCUUCUACCUCUCGUCGUCCUGCUGUCCAUCCUUCCGCAGCCGGAGGUGUCAGCUCCUAUGGCCCGAGACAGGCUCUUGCCUUCGAUUUUUGCUCGGCAAUCUCAGCGCACCGGCAACUUCACCUGGGGGUUGGCUCUGACCGGGCUCAUCGCGCUGACGGGGCUGGCCACCUUUUGCCCCUUCAGCGUCCUUUGGGAUGUGAUUAGCCUGGGCGUGCUGCUGAGCUUCAACCUCAGCAACGCUGCGCUGAUCAACAUCAGAUAUGGUAACGGUGGCAGCCUGCAACAGCCGAGGCUGGAGAAGCUGGUGCUGCUACUGCUUGUCCUGGGCAUGAGUGCCGGCUAUGUGCUCUGGAAGGGCGUGCUGGGGCCAGCACUUGCAGGCGACUCGGUGGGCGUGGAGUGGAUUGCCACAGGGACGGUGCUGGCUUUGGCUUCGGUUGCUUUGGUGGUCCACCUCCGCCUGCAAUACGAGAUGGAGCCGCUUGCAGAGGAGAAGCAGGGGGAAGUUUUCCUGGCUCCGGGCAUGCCCUUCAUUCCAGGCUUGGCCAUCUUCGUCAAUGGCGUGUUGAUGUCCGGCAUCUCUUGGUCCAAUCACCUGGUCUUCUUGGUGCUCCUGGGUGCAUGGUUGGCACUCUAUGCCAUCUACCCAUGCUUCGCGCGAGCCCGUGCAUAG